AUGGAUUUAAUAAACUCAACUGAACAAAACGGUACAUCAGAAGAACUAUUCAAAUGGGUGACGUCCAAGAUUCUCAUUUCCAUUACCCUGUCUGUGCUUGCACUAAUGACAACAGCCAUCAAUUCUCUCGUGAUGACUGCAAUAAUCGUGACAAGAAAGCUCCACCACCCCGCCAACUAUUUAAUCUGCUCUCUUGCAGUGACAGAUUUCCUUGUGGCAGUCCUAGUGAUGCCCUUCAGCAUUGUGUACAUUGUAAAGGAGACCUGGAUCAUGGGGCAAGUGGUGUGUGACAUUUGGUUGAGCGUGGACAUCACGUGCUGCACAUGUUCCAUCUUGCAUCUCUCUGCCAUUGCUUUGGAUCGGUACAGAGCAAUCACGGAUGCUGUGGAAUAUGCACGGAAAAGGACACCUAAGCACGCUGGCAUCAUGAUUGCAGUGGUAUGGAUCAUAUCCAUUUUUAUCUCCAUGCCGCCUUUGUUUUGGCGGCACCAGACGACCAGCAGAGAUGACGAAUGCAUCAUCAAACACGACCACAUUGUUUUCACCAUUUACUCUACAUUUGGCGCCUUCUAUAUCCCGCUGGCCUUGAUUCUGAUCCUUUAUUACAAGAUAUACAAGGCAGCAAAGACAUUUCACAGAAGAAGUGUCAGCCGGAUCGUAAGGGAGGAGGUAAACGGACAAGUCCUUUUAGACACAGGUGAAAGAAGCACCAAAUCAGCUUCAAUGCCCAGCACAGCGGAGAAGACAUCAGAUCCUCUGGUGGACUGCGAUAAAAUCAAUAUCACCCUACGAAGCCCCAGGUCUGAAUCUAAGCAUGAGAAGUCCUGGAAAAAACAGAGAAUCUCUAGCACAAGAGAGCGAAAGGCAGCAACUACACUGGGUCUGAUCUUGGGGGCAUUUGUGAUCUGCUGGCUCCCUUUUUUUGUAAAGGAAGUAGUUGUUAAUACCUGUGAAAGAUGUCACAUCUCAGAAGACAUGUCUAAUUUCCUAGCAUGGCUGGGAUAUAUAAAUUCCCUUAUUAACCCUCUAAUCUACACAAUCUUUAAUGAAGAUUUCAAGAAAGCCUUCCAGAAGCUUGUGCGGUGUAGGCAAUAUCUUUAA